GCAGUGGGCAACUUUUUACCGAUAAGUAAAGAAUUCUUGAUUCUUUACUACGAUUCAAAGCUCAAAUCAUGACUAGUCCUACAAGACCAGUUUCUGAAAUGUCAGAUAGCGAAAAUGCUCUAAACACAACAAGAGACUCCCAAGAGUAUAAUACAGCCCCAGACAGCCCAGGCAACUCCAGCUUGAUUCUUGAUUUAACAAAAGAAGAAUAUGAUUUUAUCAAUGAUUUUGACGACGAUGUGAAUGAUUUUGAGAACAACAGUUAUGAUGGAACAUCUCGAACGUUUACAAAGAAAGAUAAAAAUAAACAGGAGCCUGGCGCCACUGCUGAAAACAGUAUCAAUCUAGACGAUGACGCUUAUGCUUUUUUUGUAGAGGCAGGCUUAGAUAAUCCUGAUGAACUAAAGCAAUUAGGAAUUGACUUUGAAGAAAUAAGGCAACAGCAAGAGAUUGCUAAGCGCUUAGAAGCCGAACAAAAACGCGAUUAUGAGGUUGCUACCCAACUACAGCGUCAAUUUGAUAUCGAACAUCAAGGCGCAUCGUCUUCACUCAACCAAUCGUCCUCAGCUAUCGCCUCAUCUUCUUCUACGCCUCUCCCAUCUAUUUUAUCGGCAGCAGAAAAUGAUUUAUCAAACGCUUCUUUGAAACGUAAAAUGGACGAGGACGAGCUAUCCGAUAUGAAGAAACUAAGACUAGAUAGUCAAUCCACAUCAAAUAUAAUCGAAAUUAAUGACGACGACGAUAAUGUGAUUGAUUUAACUGAUGAAAACGAUAUUUACGCCAUCGUUAGUGAUUCUGACGAAAGUGAUGAAAUCGAUUACGAUAUAGUUGAUUAUCUUAGUGGUGAUGCUUGGAAUUCACGACCUUAUGCAUUCAACAGUUUAGAGUUGGCCAGGAGAGGCGCCGCUGCUGCAGUCGAAGUAGAAGCCAGUAGCGGCUCGUUUCAUACAUGGAACAGAGGUACAACACCUACCAUCCCCAAUAUGAGUGGUUCUAGAGUUUUCCAUCCCUAUUUCAACGGUAAUGUCCCUCAGUCUUCUCGUAUGGCAGAGAUGGCUCACCUUCGAACAAUGAUUCGUUCUAUGCCCAAGGGGGAACAACCACUGAAUGGAGAGGAUGCUGAAAGAGAACUCAGAGAACUGCUGAUGAAUGUUAAUGAUGAUCAUCCUCCGCCUCCUGAAGAAAGAUCAGGAACCCCAGAUGGUUUAUCUAUCAACUUGUUAGAGCACCAAAAGAUUGGUUUACAAUGGAUGACCAAAAUGGAAGAGUCCAGUAAUAAAGGUGGCAUUUUGGCUGACGACAUGGGCUUAGGAAAGACAAUUCAAGCGUUAGCCCUUAUCGUUUCACGUCCUUGUACAAAAGCCACGCGAGUGGAUCAUGGUAUCAUUUCCAGGAAAUGCACGGAAGUGAGGGAAGACGAGCUCUAUAUAAAAGCAACAUUGAUUGUCUGUCCUGUUUCUCUGAUGGAUCAGUGGCGCAGAGAGAUUGAAUCCAAGACCGAACCUCGCUUGAAAGUUUUGGUAUACCAUGGUGUCAACAGAACCAAAAAUCCUUAUGUCCUCUCUCUUUACGAUGUUAUCAUUUCCUCUUAUGCGGUUACUGCUGGUGAUUUCCAUGAGAGAUGUUUGGGACCCUUUUCAAAAGUCAAAUUCCAUAGAGUAGUUCUUGACGAGGCGCACACGAUCAAAAAUAAGGCAACUCUUUCCGCGCGUGGUUGUUACCAACUUGACGCUUCUUACAGAUGGUGUAUGACAGCCACACCCAUACAAAACAAAAUUGAAGAAUUGUAUUCCUUGAUUAAAUUCUUGCGUAUCAGACCUUUUUGUGAAUGGGAAGAAUUCAGAGAUACAAUUUGUAAGCCUAUGAAAGCUGGCAACCAUAGGAAGGCCAUUAAGGUUGCUCAUGUUUUAAUGAAAGCCAUUUCACUUCGUCGUUCCAAGAAAGCUAUGAUUGAUGGUCGUCCAAUCCUAGAUCUACCGGAAAGAAACGUCCAUAUGACCCAUAUCGAUUUCACACCCGAUGAAAGAACUCAUUAUGAAUACGUUAACAAUCGAGCUCAGCGAAGAUUUAACAAGUACAUGCAAGCCGGUACAGUCAUGAAAAAUUACUCUUCAGUGUUGGUUCUUUUGCUUCGUUUGCGUCAGGCGUGUUUGCAUCCGCAUUUGACCGUUGAAGAAGGCGAAGAUCCAACGGCGGAGACGGAAGUCAAUAUAGAAGACCAAAAGAAAGCAGCUUCGACUAUGAAACCCGAAGUUGUUAGUCGUUUAUUAAGCGAGAGCGCCACACUAAGCGAAAUUGAAUGUCCUAUUUGUAUGGAUAUUGCUGUUGACGCACAAAUCAACAAAAGUUGUGGCCAUAUUCUUUGUAAAGAAUGUUUAGAUAGUUAUAUCAACACAAAUGAUGGUGGUCCCAAACGUUGUCCCCAAUGUCGUGGGGAAAUGAGUAAACAGAACUCUAUCUCGGUGGAAAUCUUUUGUAAAGUCCAUGCUCCUGAAUUGCUCAAGGAAUCCGAAGACGAUGAAGAAGCAAACAAGGCGGAAGAGGCAAAGAAGGAAAAGGAGUCCUUGCAGAAAGUUCAAGAGUACAUUUCAAGUGCUAAAAUUGACAAAAUGCUUGAAAUUCUGGAAGAUACCAAUGAUGAUAGCGAUGGACAAGAUAAGACGAUUGUCUUUUCUCAAUUUACUGGUUUCCUUGACUUAAUUGAACAGCCAUUAAAGGAUAGAGGCUUCAAGUUCCUCAGAUAUGACGGUUCUAUGAAUAUACAAGAGCGUGCCAGUACAGUCACUAAAUUCUACGAUGAUCCUGAAUACCGAGUUAUGCUUGUUUCCACAAAAUGUGGUUCUCUUGGUUUGAACUUGACCUGUGCCAAUCGUGUGAUUUUGAUGGAUAUUUGGUGGAAUCCUGCCCUUGAAAAUCAAGCCAUUGAUCGUGUGCAUCGUAUUGGUCAGCAAAAGGCUGUCGAUGUGCAUCGUAUCUUUAUCAAGGAUACUGUAGAAGAUCGUAUUUUAGAACUUCAAAAGAAGAAGCAGGCGAUUUCUGACGGUGUCUUGGGUGAAGGUGCCCGUAGGCCUGUUGCUCGUCUCGGUUUACGUGAAAUGAUCUAUCUUUUCCGUGGUGGAGACGUUCCUGAUCCAGCAGAUGGAUAACAAGCACGCUAAACUUCGUCUAUAAGCAUAAUAUCCAUUAUUUUUUUCUCUAUUGGCAAACUCUUCAUUCUCCUUCAUAUGUUAUUGUUAUGUUAAUUUGCCAUUAUACCCUUUCUUUAUAUUUUAUUUAUCAUACAUUAUCGCAAUAUUCUGUUUGACACGGAAGACUUCAUCUGCAAGCUUAAUGCCUGUGAACUUUACGCAUACAGAUUGGAAAUCAACUUUUUAUACUGAUCUUUCAAUAAUUAAAAUCCUUUUAAACAUAGUCUAUUGUAAAGUCCCAUUCAAAUAGGAUACUGUGUGCUACUAUAAUGUGAUUAUGUAGCGGUGAUCUUUUUUUAUCAGCGGGUGUUAUGAACAGAAUCUGUGCCUUGAAACUGACUCGAAUCAAAGAUAGGUCAGAAGCGUAGAUUAAAAAUGGGCUUCAUCUUAAAUGAUCAGAAAGUAACGCGAUUUUUUCU